AUGCUCUUUGUGCCCGAAGACGCCGCGCGCUCGUCGUAUCGCGGCUUUGUGCGCGUCCAUCGACACGAGUUCGCGGUCCGCGUGUCGCAUGUCGCACACGAAGCACGUGCGCGUCGUGUCGUGCUCACGGCGGCGCAAUUGGACGUCGAGCGCGCGCUCGCCGUGCACUUGAAGCCACACUGUGCGACGCUAAAGGUGCGAUUGGCUCAGGCGACGUCGUUAGCAGCUUUUGGCGCAGAACUCGAGGAAAUUGUCGCCCUGUGCUGUCGACACGAGCAGCUCGAGGGGCCAGCAGAGCUCCCCAGUGCCGCGUACUACGCGAGACUGCUGGCAGAACUGGACGUGGUGGGCUGGCAAUGUUUGCGUCAAGUGAGCGACGACGUGCGGUCGCUGGAGCUCGAGAGACACGACGCGAGAGGACGGGCGCAUGGGAUUCGAGUGCUGCUGCCAUUGCAGUAUGCAGAUGAAGGCUUCCAGGGAACGCCCGAGUGCCUCGUCGACGCGCCGGAGCCCCUCGCGCUGCAGUGGCCACCGGAUUGGGCCACGUACCCAACGAAAGUGCUCUUGGACGUUGUGCUGAAACAGUUUGAGCGCUUUCUCGACAAGUUCCAAGCGUUCUGGGAUGCGCUCGAUGCACUGGAUGCUGCGACGUGUGUGCUCGAGCCGCAACGUCCGACGAGAGCGACAGGACGACGGAGAGUGGCUCUCGAUCGACGGGCUUCGGUGCAAUUUGAAGUGGACCCGUUGCGUCCUGCUGCAAUGCCAAGUGAGCUCAGUUUCUUUGGGAGCCAAGUGAGUGUGGGCGUUCUGCGUGAGCUCUGGGGCAGCCGUGCGUGGAGCCGGUGGGACGAGUCGAGGUCGCUGCAGGCAAACUUAGAGGACGCACUGAAUAUCAAGCUGCCAUCGCCAACGACGACAAAGCUCGAGGAACUCGCAGCAGAGUGUGGCAUAUGCUAUGCGAAUCGUCUGGAAGAAGAGGGUGACGAGACAAACGAGAAAGCCGAGCGAAGCUCUGGGCAGCGUGCGCUCAAAUCCGAACAAGGGUCGUGCCUUCCAGACCGACUGUGCGAAAACGUAAAGUGCAAUCGCCCGUUCCACGCCAAGUGCCUCUACGACUGGUUGCGGGCGUUGCCUACAUCACGCCAGUCUUUCCACACUGUGUUUGGUGAGUGCCCGUACUGCCGGGACGCAAUCAGUGCCAAGCUGGAGCCGGACUUCUAG